AUGCAUACUUGCAAGUUCCCCUUGACGAAGAGUCACGUAAAAAUUGCAGUUAUAAGCACGCACAAGGGACUGUACCGUUACAACAGAUUACCCUUUGGCAUUGCAUCGGCGCCCGCCUUGUUUCAAAGGAAAAUGGAGUCUAUGCUACGCGGCAUACCAGGAUGUCAAGUAUACCUGGAUGAUGUCCUAAUUUCUGAGAAGAAGGACGAAUUCGGUCAGACUCUAAAGAAGGUAUUCCAAGUAUUCAGGGAGUACAGUGUCCGUCUGAAACGUGAGAAAUGCGAGUUCGGCAAAGAACAGGUGACGUACAUGGGUCACACAAUCGACAGUAAUGGACUGCAUCCGUCAGAACUAAAAGUUGAUGCAAUUUCCAGGGCUAUGCCACCGAGGAAUGUGACGGAAGUACGUUCCUUCCUGGGACUGUUGACAUAUUACCAAAGUUUCCUGCCUAACAUGUCAACGCUACUAGCACCCCUGUACGCAUUGCUGGUACAAAAUACCCGCUGGCGCUGGGGAAGAGAAGAAGCUAAGGCUUUCGACAAUGCCAAGAAAACACUCGUAGAAGCGGAGUUCCUCGUACACUUUGAUCCGUCGAGGGACGUCAUCCUCGAAUGUGAUGCAUCACCGUACGGCUUGGGAGCAGUACUUUCCCACAAUAUUGAUGGCGUCGACAGGCCCAUCGCGUUCAGAUCAAGAACACUAAGUGAUGCAGAGAAGAACUAUUCUCACCUGGAAAAAGAAGCACUGGCUAUCAUUUUCGGCAUCACAAAAUUCAGCGACUACCUACUGGGAAGAAAAUUCGUCCUGAAAACUGACCAUCAGCCACUGGUGGGACUUCUUGGUGAAAACAAGCCUGUACCGACGGUAGCUGCAGCAAGGAUACAGCGUUGGGCUCUGAUACUGGCUGGCUACCAAUAUACACUGAAGUACAAGGCUGGGACAAACAAUGGAAACGCUGACGCUCUUAGCCGGCUUCCAGUUCAGUAUAACGUGCACCCCGAUGGAAUAAGUGACACAGCAAUCAAUGCUCUCGACAUGUUCGACGCGAGCCCAAUAUCGGGGAAGCAGCUUGUGGACAUCACACUCAAGGACCCAAUUAUGCAAAAGCUGAAAGCUAGGAUCGUGAAGGGCUGGCCUGCAAAACUGGACGACCCGGAUCUAGAACCAUACUGGCCGAGACGUCAUGAACUAUCUGUUGAAAAAGACGCGAUACUGCGUGGACAGCGCAUAGUGAUACCAGAACGAGCAAGAAACGCUCUGCUCGCAGAGCUUCACGGCACACACCAGGGAAUUAAUGCAACCAAAGCAUUCAUCAGAACCCUGAUUUGGUGGCCAGGUAUCGACCGAGACGUGGAACAACGAGUACGUUCGUGCCCGAUAUGCCAGCAGGCGGCAUCAUCACCACCAUCUCAAGAGCUGCCAUGGCCAUCGUCCGCCGAACCGUGGACUCGCAUACACAUGGACUAUGCGGGCCCCAUUGAAGGGAAAAUGAUAUUAGUCGUUGUGGAUAGUCAUUCUGGCUGGAUAGAGGCUAUCCCGGUAAAAUCUGCAACUGCAGAAGUGACCGUUGUUCAUCUCCGAGACAUUUGUGCCCGCUUCGGAAUACCAACGUGCAUUGUAACUGACAACGACACCACAUUCACAGGUGCGGCCUUCCAAGAAUUCGUAAAGAGAAAUGGGAUUCGCCACAUGCGAACAGCUCCUUGUCAUCCGCAGUCAAACGGACUUGCAGAACGGGCUGUUAGAAGCGUAAAAGAAGCUCUUAAGAAGCUGACGGACGGACCCCUGGAAAUCCGGCUCCAACGCUGGCUACAUAACCACAGAAGGACACCAUCAGCUGCCCAUGGGGGAAAGGCUCCUGCGGAAAUGUUAUUCAAUUUUCUGCCACGUAGUCGCUUGGAUAUAAUCAAGGCCGAUGUGCUCAAAAACCAAAAGACAACCCAGCAAGACGUGGACAGUCGUUUGAAACCUGGAGCACCUGUCUACGUGCGCAAACAAUGCGAUCGACCGGGAUGGAUGCCGGGUAUCGUACUUGAGGGCCUAGGAAGUCACAUGGCUAAAGUGCAAACGGCCCAGGGUAUUGUCACACGCCACCUUGACCAGAUGCGAACCCGCUACGGCGCAGAUACCGCGGUUUCCGAAAGUGAUACAGCUCACGCAUCCGACCCAUCCAACGCGGCCCAUGACGCCACAGAUGACACAUCGGAGUCGACAGAAACCGUAGGACAUCGAUAUUCGCUCCGACCGCGACACAGGUCACACCACUGA